UUUCACUAUAAAGAUUUAUUUUUGUUGAAUCACUUGUUAUGAGGAUUAGUAGUUCUUUCGCUUAUAAACAGGAUUCUCAGCUCACCGACCUUUUCAAUUCUACACUACACAAAAAAGACUCCUCGCAAUUGAUGAGUGUCUAGAAUGCUAUAGUACAUUCUAAAAGAUAUUCCUUUUAUUCUUCCUUGCCGAAUAACUUUUAGCGCCAUUUUGCCAAAAUUUCAGGUCGUUUAAGCACGCUGGUCGAUCUAGCUUACCUGAAUGAUUACACACCCAAAAAAAAAAAAGGAAAACUAAAAAAGACAAUUAAAUUCUAAACUACAUAAAAGAAAGGAAAAUAGCUUUUUGUUGUCGGUUGAUUCUAUCUAGAAUUUGCUUAAAGCAUCCUUACUAAUGAACCUUCCUUCUUUUGAAAUUGAGAUUGUUUUGGAAAUAUUUUCUAUCCUAUUCCUUCCCUUCCUAUCUGAUUCUUUCGUCCCACAUCCUAGCUUUUCUAAUAUUACCUUCUUUCUGCCCGCUUUUAUAUAUUUCCUUGCAAAUCCCAAAGAAAAAUGCUUUUACGAACCUCUAUUGUGGCUUUCCUCCUUUCCUUUUGCCAUCCUAUGUAUUGGUUUUGGAAGGGACUCUUUACUUUUUCAUGAAAUGUACAUGGUCUGUUUUUAUAAUGCGGCAAUCUCUUUUAACCUGAGGUUUCCGCUCUUCUCAUAUUUAUUGAAGGGAUUGCAAACCUGGUUCGUUCCUUUGCAACUUCAUGCGACCAUUGUGGAAGCCUUUAUAGAAAUCACGAAAAACAGCUUCACAUUUAUCGAAGCCGUUCUAAUUUCCACCGGACUUAGCAGUGUAGCAUAUGCUACGUUUCUCAACGAGGCUGGCCCUCUAGUAUCUGUCUUAGCCGGUGUUUUAUUAAUAUCUGUUCCCUCACUAGUUCUACUAAUUUCUUUCCUGCUCCAUGUAUGUUCAAGAUGCAAACUUACAAAGGAAAAGUCUUCUCUAUUAGUUUAUGCAGCUAGUGUUUUCGUUGUUAUUUUCGUUUCUCGAUUGUGGGUUUCAAAGCGUAUACAACAAAAGCCUGAAUACUGGGUAUUUGCUCAAGUAUUUUUGAGUCCAUACUCAAAAAAAAGAAUAACAAUUUUGGUUUGGUGGAUUAUGUGUCUAUCAAGUUAUAUAGGUUUUGUCAUUUGCUCUCAUAACGGCAGUUUCUUCCGUGAUUAUUUUGGAUCAAAGGGAGAGUUAUUAAACUUCAGAAGAAAAACAUAUCAUGCUCUCAUUGUUUUUAUGUUUCUUCCCACUUAUUGUACAGAUCCCUAUUUUGUACACCUUGCGUUUUCGGGCGUACUCUUUUCUUUUUUGUUUAUAGAGGGCAUUCGUGUGCUCCGUUUGGAACCAUUUGGGGAAAUUAUACAUACAUUUUUAUGGCAAUAUACAGAUAAUAGAGAUCAUCGUGGGCCAUUGAUUAUUUCGCAUAUUUACCUUUUGAUUGGAUGUGCAAUCCCUGUCUGGUUCUCCCAUGCAUUACGGGGACCAGUCGCUUCCGCCGAACUUUUGGUUGGUGUUCUCUGUCUUGGAUGUGGUGAUUCUAUGGCAAGUAUCAUUGGAAAAAAAUACGGAAAGAUUAGAAUUCGUAGAACGGAAAAAACAUUAGAGGGCACCGUUGCUUUUUCAGUAUCUGUUUUCAUUGUUCUUCAGCUCGCACAUCGAUUACGCAUUUGCCCUCACGUUAGCUUAAUGAAUACGUUGGCUAUGUCUGUUUUCACAGCUAUGCUUGAGGCCGUUUCAUUGGAAAACGAUAAUCUCAUUUUGCCCAUGUAUAUGUGGGUCCUGUAUCGAGUAUUGGAAAAUACCUAAACUAGGAAGUUUCAUGAGUCUUAAAGUUGUGGAUCUUGUAUACUAUGUAAAUUCAUUUAUACGCUACAGGAGAAUGUGCUAAAGAGGUGUUGAAAGAAAUUUAAGAUUAUCUGGUUCGGUUUGCAGUAAGACAGAAACAUACUGCACAACCUGAUAAUCGACAUCUUUGAAGUAUUCUAAUUGACAACUUGUAUAUACUGUUCAGUGUAUUAUUGCUUUUGUCACAUUUUUUUGAUUACUAUGAUUCUGUUACGAAAUUAUGCGAUAGGUUUAUAUAUUUGAGAAGAAGAUCGGUUGAUAUAAACUUAAAGUGCCUUUGUGUUAUAUUGAGUAAACAAACAAUGGAAAUAAGAAUUCAAGCAUUGUAAGUGUUUGUGAGAUAUCUUCAACUUUCAUCGCCCAAGUCUCUUGCAAUUCAAUACAUUCUAUCACACGGAAGUUCCUGCC